UAUUCUACUAUCCAUUACACAGUCAAUGAUUGUAGUGACCGUAUUCUGUAGUACUUUGUGGUAAAUACGGCUUUUUGUCAAGUUUUAACAUUCAUUAAAACUAAAACAAGUACAUAAAAGAAAUUAUGGCAGACGUUUUAGAUAUUGAUAAUGCAGAAGAGUUUGAAGUUGACGAUGAAGGCGAUCAGGGAAUUGCACGUUUAAAAGAAAAAGCGAAAAGAAGAAAAGGUAGAGGACACGGUGCAGAAUUAGUUUCUACCCGUGACGAUGUUGGUCAUUAUGAGUCAAUGAAUAUUGUUGAAGAGGAUGAUGAUGAACCAGGACCACAAAGAUCUGUUGAAGGCUGGAUUUUAUUUAUAAAUUCAGUUCAUGAAGAAGCACAGGAAGAUGAUAUACAAGACAAAUUUUCCGAAUUUGGCCAAAUAAAAAAUAUACAUUUGAAUUUGGACAGAAGAACAGGAUUUCUAAAAGGAUAUGCCUUGGUAGAAUAUGAAACAUUUAAGGAAGCUCAAGCAGCAAAGGAUGCGUUAAAUGGAACAGAAAUCCUAGGACAACCUAUCUCUGUAGAUUGGUGUUUCGUAAAAGGACCAAAAAAGAUAAAGAAAAGAAGUCAUAGACGACGAUGAAAGGAAAUACAAUUAUUAUUAAAUAAGACUCUUAUUUUCACUGUGUAUGACUAUUUCAAAUAAGAAAUUCUUCUUUAUUUCAUUCAUAUGUAAAAAAUUAAAUGCUGGAAAUGUACUUUAUAACAAAAGUAGAAUAUUUGUAUAUUUCAAAUUUUUUCUAGAAAAAAAUAAUUUGUAUUACAAUAAAUACGUAAAAAGCAUAAGGUGAAAUAAAAUUUGCUGA